CCAUCGAACUUAAAUGAACAAAUAAAUCAAAGAUUAUAUCAUAUGCUAAAGAUAAAUUUAAAAGAUAACUCACUAAGUUAUAAGAUUGCUAAGAAGAACUCAAAGAAUUUUUCUUUAUUCAAGAAAGUAGAAUUAUCAUCGAUAUGUACAUCACUUGAAGCUCUUGAACAGUUGAAGGGUAUCUUUGUUGGUGUGACAUCUUUGUCGUUGGAUCCUAUCCAUCUUCUGGAAACUACUUUAUAUCCUGUUGUUUCCAUAUUCUGUUCACAGAAUAUCAGAGAAGUGGAAAUUAAAAACUGUUGUACAUUGCAAAAAGAAGACUCGUUAUUUAAGUUGUUCAAGGCAAUGCCAAACAUAAGAGUCCUUGUUCUACAAAGCUCGGACUCUCAUGUACCAGCAAUGGUUAACUUUGCAAUAUUAAAUCUACCCAAUUAUUCUCUACAAAAGUUUUCCCUCGACAUGGAGACGCCUGUACCAGCGUCCGAGCUCAAAGAACAACUCGCUCUAGUUAGGACGAUGGUUCAAUAUUGGGGUUCAACUCUUGAACUUAUCAGAAUCCAUCGAGUAAGGCCACAAGAGAAGGUCAGUUUAUUAACAGUUGAUCUAUUCCAUUAUCAACAAUAUUAUACUAAGAAAGAGUUUGAUGAAGAGAUUAGCAGAUUAAUUUCACAUCUUUUACAGUACCAAAAAUUGAAGACUUUUGUUUUCUACGAUAAUCAGUAUUUGCGGAAGCAUAGACAGGACUGGAUUAGAUGGACCGAUCUAAGUAUUAAAAAAUAACUUGCCAAAGCGACGAGUAAGCUCUUCAAUGUAUUACCAGUUUCUUAAGUCAAAUUCUGUCCUCCUCAGCUAUAGUUAACUGUUCAGUAUUUUGUCAUUUAAAUAGGAUACAUAUUACUCUUUAAAUCUUCACCAAAUGUAAGGUAACGCACUUGCCACAAACCCAAUAAUAUAA